GUCCUGGAUGUAUUUUCUCCGGAGAUUGUAAAGUGGAGGGAAGCGCAGCUCACUGAAGAAACCAUGUGGGGAGCAGCCACGUCCCUUGAUGGGAGCACCGGAGGCGCAAGGCGACGCUAACAGGAGAUCAUUAUUUGUGCUUUCUUGGAGAAAAAAAGAUCCGUCGAUGAGGAAACAAAGAGAGUAGAGAUGGUAGAGAAUUCUACAUCAAUCAAUUUCAUCCUCACAGUGGCCGCACCUGACCUUCUGGACCCGAAGUCUGCCACCCACAACUCCAAACCUCGCCUGUCGUUCUCGGUCAAACCGGUAGUGCUGAACACUCCAGAGGACGAGUGCGACACCCGGACUACUGUCAUGAGGUGGAAAACCGUGUCAGCCAUCUUCUUCUUGGUGGUGCUUUAUCUCAUUAUUGGGGCGACGGUGUUCAAAGCGCUGGAGCAGCCUCAUGAGAGCUUAAAGAAGAUGGCCAUUCUCGAAGAAAAACUGGAGUUCUUGGCCACGCACACCUGUGUGAACUCCUCUGAGCUGGAGGAUUUGGUCAAGCAAGUUGUUUCAGCAGUCCGAGCAGGUGUGAACCCUUCAGGAAAUAGAUCCAAUCAGACGAGCCUCUGGGACAUCAGUUCCUCCUUUUUCUUUGCCGGGACUGUUAUCACCACUAUCGGAUUUGGGAACAUCUCUCCUCACACAGAAGGUGGGCGGAUCUUCUGUAUAAUUUACGCUCUGCUUGGGAUUCCCCUGUUUGGAUUCUUAUUGGCUGGUGUCGGCGACCAACUGGGGACCAUUUUUGGGAAGGGCAUCGCCAGAGUAGAGAAGAUGAUUGUGAAAUGGCAAGUCAGCCAGACGAAGAUCCGCGUCAUCUCCACCCUGAUCUUCAUCCUAUUUGGGUGCCUCAUCUUCGUGGCUCUGCCAGUUGUCAUAUUUAAGCACAUCGAGGGAUGGAGCACACUCGAGUCCAUCUACUUUGUCGUCAUCACCCUCACCACGAUUGGAUUUGGAGACUUUGUCGCCGGUGAAAAAGGUGGGUCAGAGAAUCCAGAGUUCCUGAACUACUACAAGCCUGUGGUGUGGUUCUGGAUCCUGGUGGGCCUGGCGUACUUUGCCGCUGUGCUCAGUAUGAUUGGAGACUGGUUCCGGGUCAUUUCCAAGAAAACUAAAGAGGAGGUUGGGGAGUUUCGAGCUCACGCAGCUGAGUGGACGGCAAAUGUGUCAGCAGAGUUCAAAGAGACCCGGAGGCGACUCAGCGUUGACAUCUAUGACAAGUUCCAGCGCGCUGCAUCCAUCAAGCGCAAGCUGUCAUCUGAGCUGGGUAUCAAUACCAUCAACCAGGAAAUGACUCCUGGCAAGAGGACGCUGUCUGCCAACCUGUGUGAGGAUAAAGAGGCCUACCCCAACAUGGCUCUCUCUCUUAGUCCUGUCCCAGGGACACUCGCCAGGAACGGCAGCCUCUACCUGAACGGCCUCAGCCCAGACUAUGCUGAUCGGCGAGAGAUUGCCAUCAUUGAAACUCUCAAAUGAGGAGCAGCAUGAAAUGAGAUUCAGGAAACUGUGUGAAACAUGUCUGGUGGUGGACAGAGCUUAUAGACACAUACACACUUUAGUGCUUAUUGACUGAGCAUUUGUGAUACAGUACCUGUGCGUGCGCAUUCAUUAAGUGGAUUGUGCUCCAAUCAUUGAUUAAAAACCUCGAGAGUGACUUCAGAGAUCAAUCAUCAAGCUCCCUCCUUUCAUGUGUGUGAUUGAAACUCAAACAAAAGCGUAUGAUGUUCCAGCUCUCAGGUCCCAUUCAUGCAACAGAGGACAGACUUCCUUUCAUUGUGUCCAUGCCAACAUGAUCGACAGCUGUGCUAGCGAUUGAGCCAAAUCAGAAGUGUGCUCCAGACUGGAACAAAUGAUUGUAUUUAGAGGCAUGAGUUUAACAAACUUAUCUAAUGAGCAGGAAGGAAAUGAACGCCCAUAUUGUGGUAGCAGCGCAUUGGACAUCUUCUCACAUACCCACAAACAAGCCUGUGAACACACAGGAGGUAAAUGCAUUCAUCAAACCUAGAAAGCAAUAGAUGCAUCUGUGCUCAUCAUCUCUUUGAAUUUCCAGAGGCCCUGAAAUCUGCAUCAGAUAAAGAGGAUCCUCACUGCUGAAAGCAAUUCACAAUCAACAAUGAACGCUUGUUCUUGAUGAGGCAGCAGUCCUGCGCUAACACAAAGGAAUGUGGCUUUUCUCUUUUAAGUUUACACCUCUUCCAGUAUGAAUUUAUAUGCCUUGCAUUUCACCGAUCAGUCUGCCCUCGCUUAGGAGACGAAUGUUGAUGCUUUUGUUCCUCCAUGACUGACAUUCAGCUUUUCACCCUAAGGAAUAAUCCACUUGUGCCUUAGCAAACAUGUGAGGAUGGUGACGCAUGAAGGACUGAGAUUCGCUUUGU